AUGAUUUUGGAUGAUCUACCUAACUUAAAAGAUACAUAUGCCUCCUUGUACUCCUCAGCUAUGGAAGACUUAGAGGUGGAUUUUGAUUCAGGACUGGAGGAAGAUGAACUGAAACAGGAGGCUGCUCCUGAGGAUUCCACGAUAUUUGUAGCUUUUGAAGGAAAUAUAGGCGACAGAGACUUUGAGCAGAAACUAGAUAUCAUAUUGGAGAAUGUGCCUGGCAUUUUACACAUGGAAUCCAACAAGUUAAAACUGCAGAAGAUAGAACCUUGGAACAGCGUCCGCGUCACCUUCAAUAUACCCCGGGAAGCCGCUGAGCGGCUGCGCAUUCUGGCUCAGAAUAACAACCAACAGCUUCGUGACCUGGGAAUUCUCUCCGUUCAAAUUGAAGGGGAAGGUGCUAUCAAUUUAGCUUUAGCUCAAAACAGAAGCCAAGAUGUCCGGAUCAACGGGCCCCUGGGAGCAAGCAACUCGGUGCGAAUGGAAGCAGGGUUUCCCAUGCAAGGGGGACAAGGUUUAAUAAGAAUGAGCAAUGCUGCAGCUGUCAUGAUGUCCCAGAGUGGAAAUGUGCCCUCCUCUAUGGUGGCAAGUGGUGCUAGUGCUGAGCUGCAGCCGAGAACACCUCGGCCUUCCUCACAGCCAGAUGCAAUGGACCCGCUCUUAUCUGGGCUAAAUAUCCAGCAGCAAAAUCAUCCAUCUGGAUCUUUAGCUCCCCAGCUCCAUUCAAUGCAGUCAGUUCCUGUAAACAGGCAGAUGAACUCAGCCAACUUUCAGCAGCUCCAGCAGCAGACGCAGUUGCAGACACGUCCUCCCCAGCCACAUCAGCAGCCACAGCAGGGUAUUCGACCUUCAUUUACAUCACCAGCACAGGUUCCAGUUCCUCCUGGCUGGAACCAGCUUCCUUCUGGAGCACUUCAGCCUCCUCCAACCCAGGGAGCAUUGGGUACCUUGACAGUAAACCAGGGUUGGAAAAAGGCCCCGUUGCCUGGACAAAUGCAGCAGCAACUUCAAGCAAGACCAUCUCUAGCAACAGUACAAACUCCUACUCAUCCUCCACCUCCAUAUCCUUUUGGAAGCCAGCAAGCUUCCCAGGCUCACUCAAACUUUCCCCAAAUGAGCAAUCCUGGCCAGUUUACUGCUCCUCAAAUGAAAAGCCUUCAGGGAGGGCCCUCACGGGUUCCUACGCCACUACAACAACCCCACCUGACCAACAAGUCUCCUGCUUCCUCUCCCUCCUCCUUCCAGCAGGGAUCUCCUGCAUCAUCUCCAACAGUUAACCAGACGCAGCAGCAGAUGGGACCAAGGCCUCCCCAGAGUAGCACGCUUCCCCAGGGAUUUCAGCAGCCUGUCAGUUCUCCUAGUCGUAACCCUAUGGUGCAACAGGGAAACGUACCCCCCAACUUCAUGGUGAUGCAGCAGCAAAACCAAGGUCCACAAGGUUUACACCCUGGUUUAGGAGCCGCCAGCCAGGCCAGCCAGAACUUCAUGCAAGGGCAGGUGCCCUCCACAGCUCCGGGAACAGCAGGGAACAGCGGAGCGCCGCAGCUGCAGGCUGGCCAAAACGUGCAGCACACAGGUGGCCAAGGAUCUGGACCUCCUCAAAAUCAGAUGCAAGCACCACAUGGCCCACCAAAUAUGAUGCAGACCAAUCUAAUGGGACUUCAUGGAAAUAUGAACAACCAGCAGACCGGUGCUAGUGGGGUGCCACAAGUUAACAUGGGCAACAUGCAGGGACAGCCUCAGCAAGGACCACAGUCGCAGCUUAUGGGAAUGCAUCAGCAAAUGGUAUCCUCUCAAGGACAGAUGGUAAACAUUCAGGCUCAGGGAUCACUGAACCCUCAAAACCAGAUGAUGCUGUCUCGAACUCAGCUCAUGCCACAAGGCCAAAUGAUGGUGACACCACAAAACCAAAAUCUUGGUCCUUCUCCCCAAAGGAUGACCCCGCCCAAACAGAUGAUUCCCCAGCAGGGACAACAGAUGAUGUCUACACACAAUCAGAUGAUGGGACCUCAGGGCCAGGUCUUGUUGCAGCAAAACUCAAUGAUGGAACAGAUGAUGACCACUCAGAUGCAAGGAAAUAAACAGCCUUUUAAUACUCAAAACCAGUCCAAUGUUAUGACGGGGCCAGCUCAACUGAUGAGAGGACCAACCCCAAACAUGCAAGGAAACAUGGUGCAGUUCACUGGGCAGAUGAUGGCGCAGCAAGGCCCUGUGAAUGGUAAUCCUUCUCAGGUUAUGGGAAUUCAAGGGCAAGUUUUAAGACCCACUGGACCUGGUCCUCACAUAUCUCAGCAACUUGGGGAUACUACUACUACAACAAAUAAUGAUGUCAACUUGACCCAGAUGUUACCUGAUGUUCCCGUGCAGCAGCCAAACAUGGUGCCUUCUCAUAUGCAACCAAUGCAAGGAAACAACAAUGCUUCAGGGAGCCAUUUCUCUGGCCAUGGGCUGCCUUUCAAUGCGGGGUUUAGUGGAACGCCAAACGGGAAUCAGAUUUCCUGUGGGCAGAAUCCUGUUUUUCCUGUCAAUAAAGAUGUUACGCUCACCAGCCCGCUCUUGGUUAACCUUCUACAAAGCGAUAUAUCAGCAGGACACUUUGGUGUGAACAACAAACAAAAUAAUCAGAAUGCCAACAAGCCGAAGAAGAAGAAGCCUCCAAGGAAGAAGAAAAAUAAUCAGCAACUAGAACAAACAACUUCUUCAGAACCACGUCCAGCUGGCCUGGAGGAGAGCGAUCAGUCGUCGAUGUCUGGAGAACAAGGAAUGAAUUUAGAUAAUUCGGGCCCUAAACUUUCAGAUUUUGCAAGUAGGCCACCAGGUUAUCCAUCUCAGCCAGUGGAACAAAGACCACUUCAACAGAUGCCACCUCAACUCAUGCCACAUACGCAGCAGGCACAGCAGCAGCAGCAACAGCAGCAGCAGCCACAGCCACCACCACAGCAAGCCCAGGCACCACCGCAAACACCGCAGCAGCAGCAGCAGCAGCAACAGCAGAUGAUGAUGAUGCUUAUGAUGCAGCAGGAUCCCAAAUCAGUCAGGCUUCCUGUACCACAAGGAGUUCACCCACCUAGAGGUCCUCUGAAUCCAGAGGCUCAACGAAUGCCAAUGCAGCAGAGUGGUAACAUGCCAGUAAUGGUUAACCUCCAAGGUCCGGGAUCAGUGCCUCCGUCUCCUGAUAAACAAAGAAUUUCCUUGCCAGGCAAUCCUCCUAUGGGAAAUAAUGCAAGAAAAAUGGUUUAUCAAGAUAAUGUACAGAAUCCUUCCAGCUCACCCCUUGGAGAGGUUUCAUCAGUACCCUCCCUUCCAGAAGGAGGUGGGGCUGAAGGGCCCCCAGCAUCAGGAGCUCAGAAUAGUUUGACGUCUCAUUUGGUAGUUUCACAGAACCAAUUAAUGAUGACGGGACCCAAGCCUGGACAAUCCCCACUUUCGACUGCCCAAGGUGCGAGUCCCCAGCAGCAGACUAAUUCUCUGCCUAGUGCUCUUACACACCAUUUUCCAAAUGUUGCCACCCCAUCACAGACUUCAAGGCCUAAAACCCCCAACAGAGCAAGCCCAAGGCCGUACUAUCCUCAGACUCCUAAUAACCGUCCGCCGAGCACAGAGCCGUCAGAAAUUAGCUUGUCUCCAGAGAGACUCAAUGCAUCUAUAGCUGGUCUGUUCCCUCCCCAAAUUAAUAUUCCCUUACCUCCCAGGCCUAAUCUCAAUAGAGGAUUUGACCAGCAGGGUCUUAAUCCCACUACUUUGAAGGCCAUUGGACAAGCCCCAUCGAAUCUCACAAUUAACAAUCAGUCUAGUUUUGCUGCUCCCCAGUCACACAAAUUGGAAGGCGUGGUCAUUAAUUCAGGAAAACAAACCAACACUGGAGGAACAAAGAGAGCAAGUCCCAGCAAUAGUCGAAGGUCCAGUCCUGGAUCCAGUAGGAAAACUACACCAAGCCCUGGAAGACAGAAUUCAAAAGCAGCUAAAUUGUCAUUGACAACUCAGCAGAAUCCGUCUCUCUUGCAGAACAUGGAAUUACAAAGAAAUAUGAUGGCUGGUCCCUCUUCUUUGCCAACACCUGUCACUACAAGUUUUCAAAAUAAUAACAUGCUAAGUAAUCAGAAUCCUGCAAUUUCUGUACCUCCUAUGACUGGCAUUGCUGAAGACAAUAAAGAGAUCCGUAGCGUGCCUCAAGACAACGAGUGUCAAAGUGCACAAGGUGUCCAAGGUAACAAAGACCAGCCCAGUAUUGAACUAAAAGGUAUCCCUGCUCCAGAAAUGAAAAUGCUGGUUCCAGAAGAACAGUCAAAAAAAGAUGGGCAAGCCUUAGACACCAAUAAGCUUCCAGUCUUGGAGGAAAGUAAAACCAUGGUAUCUCCUGCUAUGAGGGAGGCGCCGACUUCUUUAAGUCAACUUCUUGACAAUUCUGGAGCUCCUAACGUGACCAUUAAGCCCCCUGGGCUGACGGGUCUUGAAAUGGCCCCAAUAGUCACUACUGGUGAGGAGCUAAAGAAGGUAGCUGUUAUUCCUCCACUGCAGGAGUCAUCCUCGAGCAAAGAGCCAUCUAAUUCCCUUGGCUUGCCUCAAAAUAACGAGCCCUGUUCAAAUCCAGGGCACCAGGAACCGGGAGAAAUAAACUCAAGCGUUGCACAAAGUGCUCCUCCGGUCAUGCAAAGGCCCGUCAGCUCUUCUUCUAUUUCAGGUCCUUUACCCCCCAACCAGAUAACAGUUUUUGUAACUUCCAACGCUAUUACAUCUUCUGCUAGUACGUCAGCACCGUUGCCAUCUCACUUGCAACCGGCGUUAGUGUCGACGGUCGUCACGAUGCCCAGCGUAGGGAGCAAGGUGGUGGUUUCCGAGGGACAGUCGGCAGGUCAGUCCAACACCCGGCCGCAGUUUAUUACCCCCGUUUUUAUAAACUCGUCGUCAAUAAUUCAGGUUAUGAAGGGCUCCCAGUCAAGUACGAUUCCAGCAGCCCCGAUGACUUCUAACUCCAGUCUAAUGCCUCAGUCAGUCGCGGUCGUUGGUCCUUUGCAUAUACCACAGAAUAUAAAGUUCUCCUCCGGGCCCACUCCUCCCAGCACGUCAUCCAGCAGUCCUGUUUCUAGUAUUCCCACCAGCAGGCCACUGGUUCUUAAUCCCUUGCCACCUCCUGCUCAGCUGCCUUCUCCUGCUACGACUUCUUCCAAUGUUCCUUCACAUCUUCCUGCUCAGCAAGUCAAAGACUUCAGCUCGGAGGAGACUUCUUCUCAAAGCGGUGGGUCGAGUGACCAGUGCUCUGUUACAGCAGCGCAGUCUGGACCUGUUGUCUCACCUCUCCUUACGAGUAGUCCAGGAUCUGGGAACAGACGCAGUCCUGUUUCGUCGAGUAAGGGGAAGGGAAAAGUAGACAAGAUUGGCCAACUCUUGCUGACCAAAGCAUGCAAGAAAGUCACUGGCUGCCUUGAGAAAGGGGAAGAGCAGUAUGCUUUGGAUGGAGAAGCAGAAGGUCAGGCACUAGAAACGUCGGUCCCAACUAGUUUGGGAACAGAGCAGUCAACAGCAGAAGCAGAUAAUAAAACUGUGACACCUCCAGCGCCCGGUCUUACCAAACAGAGCACUUCUGGGCCUGGCA